AUGUUGACAUCAGAAAUUUUUGGUAUUAUUGUUUUUUGUAAUAUAUCAAUUGCUACAUUAUUAUUUUUAUUAAUAUUUCUAAUUGUCUACAUAAAUCGACAACAAUUUCAACAACAUAUUAGUAUAUUAUUAACAGUGAAUACAUGUUUAGCAUCAUUUUUAACAUGUUUUGCUGUCAUAAUUAUGACUUCAUCAAAUUUAUUUGGUUCAUUUUUAAUUGCAAACAUGAACUUUUGCUAUGUGUGGGGUCUACUGUACGAUGUAUUCGAAUGUUCAAUAUAUCAUUCCUAUGCUUUACAAGCAUUCUUUCGUCUAUGUCGUGUCAUUUUUUAUAAGAAAAAAUAUCUUUUAAAAUAUCGUUUAUAUAUUCGAUUAAUCGGUGUACAAUGGAUGUUAUCAUUUUUACUUCUAUUGCCUGCAAUUUUAUUAAAACACUACACUCAAUUGUCAAAUCAAAAAUAUUGUCUUAUUGCGUAUACAGAUGUUCCUAUGCAAAUAUAUGUUAUUUUUAUACUUUAUGCAGUUCCAUUAAUUUGCAUUGUUAUUACCUAUCUAUGUAUUACAUUUCAUAUUCGUCGUACAUCAACGGCAACAAUAACUGUAACAGUUGCAAGACGUCAACGACAAAAUUUACGUGAUUUAACUGUUCUUCGUCAAAUUGUUUUAUUGAUAACAAUUUUAGCCAUAUUAAGAUUACCAACAGUUAUUUUUAUGGCCGACGCAGCAAUUGCACAUCAACUAUACGAGUUUACAUAUGAAAUUGUUGGUUUAAUUACAAGUGUAUGUUUAAUAAUUAUUGCAAUAAUUACACUUUACAUAACACCACAAAUAAGAAAUUUAAUUAAGGUGAUACAAAUUCGUCCGACAACUGCACAAAUGCCAGUAAUAAUAUCAUCAAUUGAACUUGCAAAUAAUCCUGACAGUCGCUUGACAGCAGGUGAAUGA